CUCGGGUCGAUGACCAACCUACCGCCGCAUUUGGCGACCAAGCCCACUGACGACGCAAGUGCUGCUGCUACUGCUGCGAUGGCAGUCCGAAUGGAACACAUCACGGAAUGGAUAGGCGGAACGGUCAACAUGCGUAUCGAGGGAGACCUCCUCGCGAUCCUUAAGGACGGACAGGUCCUUUGCAAGCUCGCCAACUCUUUGAACGCAUCCAUCCACAUCAACAAGCUCAAGACGACAUUCCACUGCAAGGAGAACAUCACGGCGUUUCUGCAGUGGGUGCAUCGUAUGGAAGUCCCCGAACAAGACAUCUUCGCGGCGGACGACUUGCUGUGGGGGAACGACCUCUCGAUCAUCCUCCGCACCCUUUCUGCUCUCUACAACAUGUUCGCAGAAGAAAUCCGCGCCUCCAUCCGGUAUACCCAGAGCGAGGCGUCGUAUCGGUCCAACAGCGUCGUAUCUGAUGGAUGGUCCAGCGACGACUCUGGCUUGGGAGACCUCCAUGACGACAGCGCCGACGAAGACCACGCCGACAUUGCCGAGAGCAUCUUCGUUCGAGAGAACCGGUCGUCCUCCAAGUUUGCCGCGUUCAUGCGUCAAAUCCCCGACGCUGCGAACUCGCCUCCACAAAGCAAAAUGUCUGCUUUCUUGGCCAAGACGCCAGUUGUGCCGCCGGUCGUGAUCUCCGCGCCGCCGUCACGGAAAAAGUCGGUCGAGUCCAACAUGCCGAGGAACGAGUCGGUCGAAACCAGAUCGACGAACUCGUCCGUGGUCGACACAGCUCCAUCCCCCAUGCAUCAUCACAUGACCAAGCCUAAGGGGCCCCCGAAGACCUUUGCGAGAAGUCCCACCAUCCGAGAACCAGUCAAAGCAACUUCGUCGCCCGUCGCGACGCCCGCCCUCAUGUCCGCCGACCCGCGGACCAAUCUGGCCAAUCUGAUCAUGCAAACCGUACCGCUCAGAGUUUCGCCGGCAAAGGACGACGAUGAUGAAAUGAUGACGCCGCCGUCGUCACCUAAAGUGCACAUUCCCCUGCAAACCCCCAAAUCCAGCCACGUCAUCCCUCACCAAGUUGCACCACCACCCAAAGCAACGUCCAUUCCACCCAAACCAACGUUCAUUCCACCCAAAGCAACGUUCAUUCCACCCAAAGCAUCGUUCAUUCCACCCAAACCAACGUUCAUUCCACCCAAAGCAACGCCCAUUCCACCCAAAGUGGCCACUCCGUCGUCAGCUGGUCCGUCCCCGUCUACCCCAGCCAAACCAGUCAACAAACUGGCUGGUUUCUUGGCCAAAGUCCCCAGUGCAUCCGUGUCCGUCCCGCCCGCCGCCCCCGUGUCCAAACUCGCGGCGUUCAUGUCAUCCCCGUCCACAUUCCGCCCUUCGAACCCCCCCACUCCACCACCAACUGCCCCCUCCGUCGUGAGAAAAGCCAAGCCAGCAUUUCGAUGCCCGCGUUCGUCGCAGUCGUUCCGGUGGGUCACCCGGCGCCGGACGUACGCGCCUCUGUACCCGCCCAAGUUUGACAAGGAAGCGAAACGUCAGGAGUUCAUGACCGUCCAAGCGGCCGUCAAAGCUGAGCUCAAGACGAAUCACGCGUCAAAGGGCGCCAAGAACGCCCCCGCCUGCGUACCCGGCAUGCUGUGCUACAUUCCGGACGACACCGAGACGUGGGUGCUGGCCGAAAUCGAGUCGGUGGACGCCCGGCGCAAGCACGUUCGUGUCAAAGUUGCUCAUGACUCGAGCAACCGCACCAUCGAUCUCAAGGACGCCGACGUGAUCCGGGCCAUCGGAGGCACGCAGGCGACCGAGAUCGACGCGCUGCCUCUGGCCAUUGCGCACCACGAAGGCGUCGAGGACAUGCGGAACCUGCGCUUUCUGAACGAACCGUCCAUCCUAUACAACCUCAAGAGUCGCUUCGAAGCUGCCCAACCUUAUACGUACACGAACGACAUUGUGAUCGCCGUGAAUCCGUACCAGUGGCUCCCGGCGCUCUACUCGGAUGCGUUGCAUGACAAGUAUCUCCGCAACGCCAAGGAAUCCCUGCCGCCCCACGUGUACGCGACGUCCACCCGCGCAUACAAGCACAUGAUGAAGCCAGGGAAAGUGCGCAAUCAGAGCAUCCUCGUGAGCGGCGAGAGCGGUGCCGGCAAGACCGAGACGACCAAGAUCCUAAUGCAUCACGUCGCCGCCAUCGCCGGGGGGCGGCAAGACGCGACCAUCGCCCGGGUCAUCGACGUCAACCCGCUGCUCGAGUCGUUCGGGAAUGCCAAAACCACGAGAAACGACAACUCGAGUCGGUUCGGCAAGUUCACGCAGCUCCAAUUUGACCUUAAAGGCACGCUCCAAGGCGGCCGAUGCGAGACUUACCUGCUGGAGAAGUCCAGAGUCGUGUCCUUUGCAGAUGGAGAGCGCAACUACCACAUCUUUUACCAGCUCUUGACGGGAUUGCCGGCCCAAGAUCAGAAGAAGCUGCAUCUGGACCCUUCUCACGCGUAUCGAUACACUGGCGAUGUGCGGGACAUGCACAUAGACGGCAUGGACGACGCCGCGUGGCUCCAGAAGACGGAAAAGGCCCUUGGGCUUAUCGACAUGAACGCGACUUUUCGAUGGACGUUGUACACGGUCCUGGCUGGGAUUUUGCACUUGGGGGAAAUCACGUUUGUCGCUACGUCCGAGACCACGUCGGCGGUGGACAAGAACCGAAAUAACGCGUUGAACCAAGUGUCGGACCUGCUGGGGCUCCCAGUGGACACGAUGGAGCAAGCGUUUUGCAACCGCACGAUCGCUUCGAACCGGGAAAGCGUGACUGUUCCGUUGAACGCGAUCGAAGCCGCCGAGAACAGAGACGCGCUGGCCAAAGCCAUCUACGCCAACAUGUUUGAGUGGCUGGUGCAGCGAAUCAAUGCGGCGAUUGCAGUGGACUUGACGAGCGGGACCGAGAUUGGCGUGCUCGACAUCUUUGGGUUUGAGGACUUCAAGCACAACGGGUUUGAGCAGUUUUGCAUCAACUAUGCCAACGAAAAGCUGCAGCAAAAGUUCGUCAAGGACGUCUUCUCGACCGUGCAAGACGAGUACGUGCGCGAAGGCCUGGCGUGGGACCACAUUCAGUUUGCAGACAACCAGGACAUUUUGAACGUGAUUGAAGGCAAAAUGGGCAUCAUAAACCUCAUGAACGACCACCUUCGCCAGCCCCGGGGCACGGAAGAGGCGCUGGUCAACAAGUUCCGGACGAACGCCAAGGACACGGGCGUGAUUGCGUUUGCUAAGGUCAAGCGUACGCAGUUUACUGUCAAGCAUUAUGCCGGCGCCGUCACCUACGAAACGGUUGGGUUCAUGGAGAAACAUCGGGACGCGCUGCUGCCGGAUCUGCUCACGCUGGUGCAAACUAGCUCGAUGGCAUUUGUCGUUGAUUUGUUCUUGAGCGACGACGACAAUGACACGACGUCCAGCUCGGGGAGUUCGUCCCCGAGGGAGCCAACAGUGGUCCCGCCCGUGAUCCAAGCAUGGAACCUCCGGCGCAAAGGAAGUCCGGUUAGCACAAAGCCAGAGGAUACAGUGGACAAAGCGUUUGGGGGUCGACGGAAGGCCGUGCCUCCGAAAACGCUGGGGCAGCAGUUCAAGACAUCUCUUUCCAAGCUCAUGGACACGAUCGAAGCGACAAACGUCCACUACGUCCGGUGUAUCAAACCGAACGCGGUCAAGUCCCCCACAGACUUUAACAAGCCCAUGGUCGUGGCCCAGCUGCGGUCUGCCGGCGUCAUCGACGCCAUCCGCAUCUCCCGAGCGGGGUACCCGAGCCGGCUGUCGGCCAAAGAACUGGCGACGCGGUACGCGCUCAUGUUUCCGCCGUCGAUGGUCGGAAAAGGAAAGAGUGUGGACGACACAUGUGCGAUGGUGCUGGCCAAGAUGGGCUUCCAAAAGCCAGUCGAGUACCAGAUGGGCAAGUCGCUCGUGUACUUCAAGGCGGGGGUGCUCGAGGAGCUUGAGACGCUCAAGUCGGACUUUGAGUACCAACAGGCCACGAUCGUUCAAAAGGUCGUGCUCGGGUUUCUGGCGCGGCGCAAGUUUGGCCGGCAGCUGCGGGCGGCGGUGACCCUGCAAGCGUUUGGGCGGCGGGUGCUGGAGCAGAGCUACCUUCGCCGGAUGAGGCACGCUAUCGUGUCCGUGCAAGUGAGGUUCCGCCACCGCAAACAGCAUCUAGCGUUUAUGGCCAAGAGAAACGAAGCGAGAGAAGCAGAUGCAAACGCUAGAGCCGCAGACGAAAGGGCAGAAGCAGCGGCGGCACUCUUUGCGGCCAAGAUGGAGGAGCGAGGAGAACAAGAGGACGUGCCGCUGGUCGUGGGUCGCAAACCACUUAUGCUGCCACCCAAGUUAGACGAGUCCAACUGGAACGAGCCGUCGCCUCGGUCCAGCCAGUCGACCCCGCUGACGUCCCCAGAAGCUGCCACGUCAGAGGAGAGUUUUGGCAGCGCCCUGAGCCGCGCCAAACAGGCCGAGGUGGAUGCUAAUGCGCUGAUGAAGAGGUCCGACGCGAUGCUGGCCGCCAACAAAUCGUUUGAAGGGGAAGUGGAGCAACUUCGAGAGCAACUGGACCGACUGGCCAAAGAGAAUGAACGGCUGCGAAUGCUGCUCAAGGAGCACAAGAUCAACCCCGACGCGGCCUCCCCUGGCAAACGGUCGUAAGGGAUCUAGUAUUUAAUAGAACGAACGCACCAUGUAUUAUUUGUAGUAAUUACGAUAUAUAUAUAAUAUAUGUACAGUGUCACACAUCAAGCGUAUGUAGUAGUGCUAUAAUAUCUAUGACGU